AUGACCCUCGAAAGCUGCGCCAGCUUCUGCAGCGGCUACACUUACUUCGGUACUGAGAACAGUCGGGAGUGUUACUGUGGCAAUCAGCUCAACUUCGGAAGUUAUCAAGCCCUCAAUCAGAAGGAUUGCUCUGCUACCUGUGCAGGAGACAAGACAGAUUAUUGCGGUGGCACACUUCGCUUACAGCUUUACAAGGCUGGUGCCAAGACUAUUGCAACUCCAUCUGUGGACCAGGGCAACAAGAACUUCACAAGCUACUCAUGUGUCUCUGAGCCUUUCCUCGGUCGUUUACUGCCUCAACUUGUCAUGAGCGACAGUAACUCCAUGACGAUCGAUACAUGUCUCGAGAAGUGCUGGAUGUACAAAUAUGCUGGUGUAGAGAACGGCCGAGAAUGUUGGUGCGGCAACAACAUCAAUUGGCAAGGUCUUCUCCCUUCUUUCGGUCAGGGCAAGAAUGUCUCCAUGACGGAUUGUAAUAUUGGCUGUCCUGGAAACAAUCUGGCGUACUGUGGUGGUUUGGCGAGGAUGAAUCUGUAUAUUAACAAGUCUUCUGCUUUGGCGUUUUUGAAGAAGCAUAAGAGACGGCAUGCGAAAGGAUUUUAA